UUAAGUUUGAUAUUUACCUCGUUAUCGUAGAGAAAAGGUAGAAAAAAGGUACUUAUCACGGGAAAUUAUCUUUCUAGGUAUAUUUUAACUUUAUUAAUACAUCGUUUUUCUCAAUUUCUCCAGUCUUUUAUUAUAAGAUUCAAAGUAUGAAAAAUGUUGGAAAAGCAAGUAGAGACACGCAAUAUCCUUGACAAAAAAUCACUGACCACUUGGAUGAAGUUUGGAAUCCUCGCCGAGCUUACCUUCUUAGCUGGUUCAUAUCUUGGUUACAGGAAAUUGAAUCAUGAUAUAGAGGCAAGAUUGUUCUUGUACAAGCACUGUUAUUUUCUUUUGGACAAGUUCUAUCUGAUUGGAGAAAGGGACAAAGAUUUUAAGUGUCGAGAAUCUGAUUUACAGCAUUGGAAGGCAAACAAUCUUAUUUAGUUUCCCUUGAUUCCUGCUUCAGUUGGUGAUUGAAGGUAUCGGAUGAAGGAACAUAUCGAAAACUCUAUUCCUGGAAAUGUCAGUCCAGAAUAAAGGAGCCCCCUAGCAUUUGGAAAUACAGUAUAACAAUACUCUUUAGUUGGUUUAGUAGUAGUUUAGCAUAGUAAUUAUAUUCCUUAAUUUUGUUUUAAAUAUAAGAUACUAAUCCAAAUGGAAGGUUUCAAACUUCCUGAUAGACUGGUAAAAAAGCAGGCUGAGCGCUUAGCUGAAAAAGAGCAGAAGAAAUUAGCUGCUGCUGAAAUCACAGGUGUCGAUAAGUUUAUUCAAGAGUUUGAAGAAAGACAAAAGAUAAUCCAAAAUUUUCUGAAAGAUGCAGAAAAUGGUAGUAUCGACUCUUCAGACCUUGAAGGUCAUUUUGAUAAGAUAUCGCAUGAGCUUACACAUCUUCAAACCAUUUUCUCUCACUUUACAAUUGCCCUUCCACAAUUUCAACUACGAAAGUACCAAGCAGCUAUUUUUGAGUUAGAGGAAAAAUUGCAGGUUUCACGUGACAAGCUUAUUCCAAAGAAAAGGUUCAGCUUCAAAAAUAGAAAGCCAGAACCAAGUACCAAAAAUGUUAAAUUUGCCCCCAAGGAUGAGGUCGAUAGCUGUGUGUCAGCUCCAAGUCUAAUUUUUGCCAAUGAAUGUGGUUUUUCGGAUCAGCAAAACACAUCGCUAAUCUUGCAUGGCACUGAUUGUUUUCAGAAAGAUGUCAGCCUUUCUAAUUUAAGCAACUGUACAGUGCGGGUCUGUGGCUCCCCCUCCACAGUCCACAUCACCAAUAUUAAAGAUAGCACAAUUUUGAUCGGUCCUGUAUCAACGUCAGUUUUCUUGGAUGACUGUUCAAACUGCGAUAUUGCCGUUGCUUGUCAACAGCUGCGUGUACACUCUAGCAACUCCAUUAACUUUUACAUACAUGUUACCAGCCGCUGCAUUAUAGAAGAUUCAACUAAUAUUCGCGUCGCACCAUAUACCUGGCGCUACGAAUCAUAUGAUGAGGAUUUUAAAGCUUCAAAACUUGACCCUAAUUCUAAUAAUUGGAAUGAUCUCGAUGAUUUUAAUUGGCUAGCUAAGGAUAAAGCAUCACCCAAUUGGAUGGUUUUGAGCGAGGAUAGUAGAAAGAAAUUAGAGUGAGGAGGCAUUGAUUAAUCAUUUUAAAUUGAGUACCAGGACCUUAGAUGGAAUAUUUGAGGUAAAAUAAAAAACCUUUGGAGUCAUAAAGAAUGUGAACUAGAUUGUUUCUUCAAAAAGUAAUAAUGAUUUGACAAAGUAUAGUUGCUGUGCAUCUGGAAGGAAAUUUAAUAGGUAUUUUUCAAAGUUUUGAGGAGAACAACGAAUAUGAAACUAAAUGGCAUAAACACUUGAAAUACUAUAACAUCUAUGAGUGCGAAAUUUGCCCCAUGGAAACUUCCUCUGUUGACUUCUUACCUACUGUAAUUUCGUAAAAAUAUUCAAUUUAAUUCCUGGCAUAAGUCAUUUCGUAGCAUUAAUGUAAGUCAUCUGUUGAAAUUAUACCCAGCUUGAAAAGUAUGAACAAUGAAUCAAAUUUUCCCCUAUUGUAAAAAGUAAUUAGAACCCACAUCAGAUAAGAUGACUUUCGUUUACUCCUGAUUGUCAGACGCACUCAACUAAUUUAUAUAUCUGCGCAUAUGGGCCAGUCUGUGGUGCCUUUGGUCACUUCAUUCGUAAUUGGACGGCAACAAUUCAGCUGUGUGCAAACAGAGAGUGAAAAACUGCCAAUUUAUCUGAUGAAAGUUUUAGAUUCCUUGAAUUUUCGCAAUCCUGAAGUAUUGAAUGAGCUCCAAAAAAUAUGAGAAGUGAUCCUAGUUCACAGAAUUCACUUUCAUAAGGAAAUUUGGAAUUUCCAUCCUCUUGUAUCAACUCAUAACUAUCUACGAAUUUUUUAAACAGAUACUAAAUAUUCUCAAAAAAGCCUCUUCCAUCUCAUGGAAUUUUCAAAAUUUUCAGUUUGAGCACUCAUUGAUGAAAAAAUAUAUAUUGUUUGUUAAAUGAUAGAUUCAUAUUAAAUUGUUAUGGAAUGGUUUUGAAAGGAAGAAAGGAAUUGCGUAACUGUCCAAUGCUUUUCUAUUUUUGCUGUAAAAUUUUCUGAAAUUGUCUCAUGAUCAUUGUUUCUUGAUAAGCUAUCAUGAAUGAUUGCACCAUUAGUUUGUGUUUUAAGGAGUUUCAUCGUUCUGCACAAAAAUUUGAUUAAUUUUACCUAGUUAAAACUCUUAGCUAAUACACACCACUUAAUGAUGAAAAAUUUGUUUUGUACAGUACAUUUCUGAAUAUCUCUUCAGAUAAAUACCGGCUUUCCUCUUCUCAGAGAUAUCGUUAUUUA